AUAAGUGUACCGGUGCAUUGGAGCGGCGUAUACGGCCAGCGGUCCUCCUCCUCCGCCUUUUGUUACAAGCAGCACCCGGCAAGGGACCCACAAGACACAGCCGCAUCCAUGUAAUUUGCACACUGGGCUGGAAAAUGAUCAUCUGUACAAAUACAAUGGAGUACCCGCUCAGAAGCCAGUGCCAAAGAGUCCAGAAACAGGUAAUGGUGAACAAGGAGAAGGAGUGCGUGUCUCUGGUGUUGAUGAAGGCCGCGUUGAGCCGGGGGAACGUGGACGCCAUAACGCAGCAGAUGGCCUCGCACCCGCAGUACUUGGAGAGCUUCCUGCGAGCGCAGCACUACAUCCUGCACAUGGACGGACCCCUGCCGCUCCCCUGCCGCCAUUACAUCGCCAUCAUGGCAGCCGCACGCCACCACUGCAACUAUUUGGUGUACCUGCACUCGGCCCAGUUCCUGAGGCUGGGUGGUGACCCUGUGUGGCUGCAGGGCUUGGAGGCGGCGCCUCCGCGUCUGCGCCUGCUCGACCACAUCAACAAGGUGCUCGCUCACCAGCCCUGGCUCGCCGCCUGCUCGCACAUCAAGACGCUGCUGAAGUGUGGCGAGCAGUGCUGGUCACUGGCCGAGCUGGUUCAGGCCGUGGUGAUUCUGGCCCACUGCCACUCGCUCUGCAGCUUUGUGUUCGGCUCCAAUGCCGACUCUGUGCACAUGGUGCCCCAGACCAAGUCUCCCAACGGUACUCCGCCGGCGUUCUGCGCCUUUGAUGCUGCUAAUGGCAACCCCAACGGCCCUCAGUCAUUCGACAACACCGCUGAGCAAAAUACACGAAGACUGUCUGUGGACUCGAGUAGUGACGUGUUGUGUCUGAAGGAGAGGAUCCACCGAUCCCAGGAGGACCGAGAUAAGCGAGAAGAGCGUCUGCUGCACUCUCAGACACUCCAGCAAGCUGAUGUUUAUGAAGGAGACGAGCUGAUCUAUUUCGCGGAUCCGUCGCGCUUUGUCACGGACCCCGAUUUUUAUUACCAGGAGUUCGCCCGCAGGGACGAGGACCACUUCCAAGUAUUUCGUGUUCAGGACUACUCGUGGGAGGACCACGGCUUCUCCUUAGUCAACCGCUUGUACUCUGACAUCGGUCACCUUCUGGACGACCGCUUUCGAAGCGUCACCGCCCUCUCGUCUCUGCACAGCCCCGACCUGAAGAGGGCCAUCUGGAACUACAUCCACUGCAUCCUGGGAAUACGUUACGACGAUUACGACUACGGGGAAGUGAACCAGCUCCUGGAGCGAAAUUUGAAGCUGUACAUUAAGGCGGUAGCGUGUUUCCCCGACCCCAGCAAAGCACCAACAUGUCCGCUCGGCUGGGCUCCACUUAAAACUUCAGAGCGGUUCUCGACAGAUUCAAACCAUCCUAACCAUGCUGGGAACUGUUUACUACAUUCCAAUUAUUCCCUGAUUUUUUUCCGAAUUCCACACUUCACAAUGACAUUACCUAUCCAUCCAUCCAUUUUCUGAUCCGCUUCUCCUCACUAGGGUCGCGGGCGUGCUGGAGCCUAUCCCAGCUGUCAUCGGCAGGAGGCGGGGUACACCCUGAACUGGUUCCCAGCCAAUCGCAGUGACAUUACCUAAUUAAGAGAUUUUACAUAUUUCGCUCAUCCUUCCACCUUUUUGCACAUUUCUUAACUGAUUCAAACCAUUCCAACUUUAAACUGUUUCACUCAUUCAGGACACAAACGAAAUUAUUUAUCACAUUAAAAAAAUACCCCAAGUUCACAAAAAAGAAGAGACAUUUUACAUAUUUUCUUCAUAGUUCUCCUCCUCCUACAUUUCAUGAACAAAAUUCAAAUCAUUCAAACUUUAAAAUGUUUAGCUCAUUUCGGUCAUCUGCGGAACUAUCUAUCACAUUCCCGCAAAAUGCCUCAUUUCCACAAUAAAACGUAAUAGACAUAUUUUACAUAUUUACAUCCUCCUCCCACAUUUCAUCACCAAUUCAAACCAUUCCAACGUAAACAAUGUUCAGUUCAUUCAGGAUAUCUUGGGAACUAUUUAUCACAUGCACCAAAAUCCCACAUUUUCACAUUAAAAUUGAAGAUUUAAUUUACUUAUCACCACCUUCCACAUUUCUCGACCAUUUCAAACCAUCCUAUUAAAAACGUACACCUCAGUCGGAACAACGGUUAUUGUUUUGGAUUUUCUAUUAUUCUAUGAGUUUUUAUUUUUUUACUUUUUGUAUUGAGUUAGUUUUUAUAGCAGGUUUGUUAGUUUUUAUUAGUUUGCCCGUUUUUGCACAUAUGCAAGUUUCUACCACAUUCUAAUUUGAGAUGUACAUGUAUUUUAAACAUUCCCAAUUUUGUUUUAAUUCUUUUUAUUUUUUACACAUUUUCCAUGACAGCAUUCUCAAAUUAAUGCAGACAUUAAUUCCACAUUUCUUUAGUAAUUCCAACUUCAAACUGUGUAGCUCAUUCAGGAUAUAUCCAAAAUUCUUAUCACACGCUCACAUUUUUCAAUAAAAUUCUCAGCGAAAAGCUCUUUUACGUAUUUACAUCCUCCUUCCAUCUUUUUCGACCAAUUCAGACCACUACGUCUUUGUGUUCAGCUCAUUCAAGACAUCCUGGGAACUAAUAUUUGCUACCAUUUUUUAAUAUUAACUUGAUCCUUUCCCCAUUUCUCGGCUGAGUUAACCAAUUGCAUCUUCAAAUUAUUCAGUUCAUUCAUCAGCGGAACUAUUUAUCACAUUCCUCAAAAAUGCCAUAUUUGCACAAUUAAAGAUAUUUGAGAUAUUUGAUAUUUGCCUCCUCCUUGAACAUUUCUUAACCGAUGCAAACCGUUCCAGCUUCAAAAUGUUAAACUCAUUCAGGACACCUUUGUAAAUAUUUACUACAUUUCAAUGAUUUCAAUGUACUUUGCUUUAGAAUUCAAACUAAAAUACAUUUAAAAUAUUGACCUGCUCCUUUGACAUUUCAAGUAACGAGACUAAUUCAAACCAUUCCAACUUUAAGUAUCUCAUGCUGCUUUUCAACAAUUCAAUUAGCAUAUGAGUUCAGUGUCAGCUCUUCUGUAUUCACACAAUUUCUACGACACAAAUUGCAUUCUGUAUUUCCUGUAUAAUUUCGGUAUUUAAUGUCCACAUCCUUGUUGUAAUAAUCUUGUGCCCUUCCCCAGAUACACGUGAAUUUGCUCAUCAUGGAGGCACGCCUGCAAGCGGAGCUCCUUUACGCCCUGAGAGCCAUCACUCAGUACAU